AUGACUAAAYUAUUAAAUCUAUUUAUAAUUUUACUAUAUUUAGGACAUUGUUUGUUAGUGCGAUCGCCGGAACAUUAUUUAUAUGAGUUAUCUGAUGACGACAAUUGUCAUUGUAUUGGAACUAAUGUUACGGAUAUUGCCAAAGCCAUCGACAAAACUGUGAAAUAUGUCGAAAGUGUYCAAAAAGUUAAUCUAAUACCUGGUGUUGUGGUCGGUGUCGGUAUUAAAGGACAGAACGUUAUGRUCCGUGGUUUUGGUGARACUGAUAUUGAAAACAAUUUACCGACUCGGGAUGACUCGGUGUGGCGUAUGGCCAGUAUUAGCAAGUCGUUGACCACAGCACUGAUCGGUCGAUUAAUGGAAAAAGGAUUAAUCGAUUUAAAGAAAUCAAUUCAUAGUUAUUUGAGACCCGAAGUGUUUCCCGUCAAGCAAUGGAUGGGCAAAGAUGUUGUGAUUACUGUUGAACAAGUAAUGUCACAUUCGGCCGGUCUUAGAGUUACCAAAUUUCCCGAAGAUUUUCGUGAAUUUCUYGACUAUAAAAAUGCAACCGAAAGUGUGAGACAAUUUCGUGAUGAGCCGCUUAUAUCGGCGCCGGGAACUCAGUUUAAUUACUCUAACUAUGGCUUUCAAUUGGUUGGCGCUAUCAUCGAGUCUAUUAUUGAUGAGCCGUACGAGACGGCUAUCAAUCGCAUGUUUCGCGAGCUCGGUAUGAAUGGUACGGUAUGUGAACGACACGACCAGAUACUGGCCCACAGAAGUCGCUAUUAUAUACGAAGCGAUUCGCCAUAUUUGCGGUCACACCAUAUCAACGAAGACAAACUAAAACUCUAUAACGCUUUCAUAGCCGACGACGUCUGGUCGGCCAACUCGUGGCUAACAUCUGCCGGUGUUGUGUCCACUGCUAAUGAUUUGCUGCAUUUCGGCAAUUAUAUGAUAAACUCUUAUUAUAACAAACAAAAUUCAGAUCUCUUAAAGUCAACAACAGUGCAGAAACUGUGGGAACCAGUGAUWGAAAUGGGAAAUUACAGUGGUAUUGGUUAUUAUACACAUGGAUGGGGACUAAYCAAUUUGGAUCAUCCCAUCACCUGUGAUGGCAAGUGUCAAAUGGCGCCUAUCAAGCGUUACUAUUGGCAUAGCGGUGGACUCAGCGGUGUGACCACUAUGUUGGUUGUAAUGCCCGACCAGCAUAUGGUGGUCACCGUAUUGACAAAUAUUAAUCCAUUUGAUCCGAUUUUGGAUAUGGCUUUAAAUAUUACAAAAAAWUUUAUUCAAUAA